AUGUCUAAACUGGCAUUGUUCAAUGUGUAUAUUACUGAACGGCUAACAGCGGCGGCUGUGGAGAUAGGCGGGGUGGUAGAGAGAACAAUAACAGAAUACCAGGAAGAAAUCUCUCGUUCAAAGGAGGAGAAUGAACGUCUUCGACGUCUGCUGGAUUUCAAACAGCAUAGAACAGGUUUGUGUCGAUUUACAUCAAACGAAUCAGGUAGCUAGCUAGUUGCUGAUGUAAAUACCCACUCUGUUGAACUUUAAUUAGCAGUAUUUUGGGAUUUAUCCAACUGUAAACUAACUAGCUAAACAUAUUGUAAACAAAACAUUAAUGUUAUUGCAUGAGUUUCAAAGGACAAUGGAUAGGCCCAGUAAUGUAGUAAACUCCGAGUCGAAUCCAAGGACCCUAUCAUCCAAGUCCAGGGCCUUUAAUUAUGAUCGAGUCACGAGUGCCUUCCAGUGAGAAUAAUUGUUGGAAAUGCUUAUUUUAGACGUCUUUUCCAGACAUCGAAAUAGGUAAAAUGUUGGUUCUGAAUUAAAGUUGAAAAUACAUCAUUUACGGACGAUGAAAAUACAUUUUCUAACGCUUUUAAAACACUGAAGCCAAACAUGGAAACGAUGGAUACAACUUCCUCUGUGCUAUUGCAUUAUCAUAAUUCAUAUGCGCGCCACUAGAAAUCCCAUCAUUGGCAUGUUUCUGUUAGCUGAUACGUCAUGACAAAAUACAUCAUAUUACUGUCCUGCUAAUGUGCUUGGACCUUGUAGGCUAAACUGCCGAGAAAACCCACAUAACUGAUCCAAAUGGUUGCCCAAUCAGGCAGGCUAGAUGCAGUUAUUUCGAAAUGAAUAUGCAUUGAAAACGCCAGGCUUUUGAGCGGUUAUUCAAAUGCAAUAGGCUAUUCACUGCAGUUUACAGCCUAGACUAGAGUUUUGUACUCACUAGAAAACAAUCAUAACAUUCUUAAUUACAUGUUGUUGCCUAGGUAGGAUAAAUAUAUUGUCUCUAAAAAACAGAAACAAUAGGGUAGCUUUCCGAGCUGCAUAACCGGCGACUGGGAGGGUGCGCACUCAGCACAACCUAUGAUUUCGUUAUGAUACUUUAAAAAAAAUUCGCUGUUAAAUUGAUUGGAUGUAUUCACUGAGCUUAUGAGUUAUGGGCUACUAUGCAUACACUUCUAAUUUAGGCAAUAUAUAUAUUUAUUUUUUAGUCAUUUAGCAGACACUCUUAUCCAGAGCGACUUACAGUUAGUGAGUGCAUACAUUAUUAUUAUUUAUUUUUUCAUACUGGCCCCCCGUGGGAAUUGAACCCACAACCCUGGCGUUGCAAACGCCAUGCUCUACCAACUGAGCUACAUCCCUGCCGGCCAUUCCCUCCCCUACCCUGGACGACGCUGUGCCAAUAGUGCGCUGCCCCAUGGGUCUCCCGGCCGGCUACGACAGAGCCUGGAUUCGAACCAGGAUCUCUAGUGGCACAGCUACUCAUGGGGCAGCGCACUCAGGCUAGACCACUGCGCCACUCAGGCUAUAGGCUACAUCUCGAGCCCCUCUGUCUUUAUUGUUUUUCUUGCCCAAUUACGCAUCUGGCCUCGCUGCUGCCACAGCUAUUCCUUUUAAAAUCUUGUGGUAUCCUAGGAAAAUCCAGACUUCAAAAGCUUGUUGGACACUUUUUAAAAAUUAUUUUCUUUAGCCAACUAAUAGGAUAUUAGAGGAGAGAUGCAAGCUUGCUCUUGCUUUCUGAAUGUAAAAUAGGCUACAGCAUUAAUGAGCGGGGAGCUGGAAAGGAGAAGCCCCAUAUUUUACUAUAGUAGGCCUAUCUUAACACCAGGCUACAUCCUGACAAAAUAGGCCUACACCAUGUGAGUGGCCUGCUAAUGUACCUUUUUGGACCUUCUAAACAGUCGAGAAUAGACCAGUGGAGGAUGCUGAGGGGAGGAAGGCUCAUAAUAAUGGCUGGAAUAGAGUCAAUGGAAUGGUAUCAAACAUAUGUGGUUGAUACCAUUCCAUUGACUCCAUUCCAGCCAUUACUAUGAGCAUUCCUCCACUCAGCAGCCUCCACUGGAAUAGACCCACACUGAUCCAAAUGGUUGCAUAAUCAAGUCUAGGCUGUUGGCCUAUGCAGUUAUUUCGGCAUGAAACAAAACACUAGGUCUAAGUGAGCAGUUAUUAUAAUAAUAAUAAUAAUAAAGUUAUUCAAAUUAGCCUACAUAUAUAUAUAUAUAUAUAUAUAUAUAUAUAUAUAUAUUUAAACAUUUUAGUCAUUUCUUAUCCAGAGCGACUUACAGUAGUGAGUGCAUACAUUUUCAUACUUUUUCGUACAUCAUUGCAGUUUACAGCCUAUGGACAAUAAUUGUUAUUCACUUUAAUAAAUUCCUCAUUGCACUGUUGUUGUUGUAGCCCAGGUAUAAUAAUUUCCUUAUCUAAAAACGUAGGCCUAGGCCUAAUCAAUAGUGGAGCUGCAUGCCCGGGGACCACAGAGCGCAACCUGGAGGAACGCACUACAGAUCUGCCAUUUCAUAAUCUGUUAACUUAUUUUUCUUGCACUUUGUUAGGUAAAUAUUUAGCCUAUAGCCCUAAUAUUUAGCUAAUAAAUGGCCUAAUAUCUAGCUAAUAUUUAUCUUCUUACUUCAGCUAUACAUCACUAGCCUCUCUCUUCCAGCUGUUCCCAUGCACAACAGGCUAUAGGCUACACAAGCCUCUCCGCUAUAGGCCAUUCCUCUUCUCGUGAAAUCCCAGGAAAAGCUAUAGGUCUAGGCUACAAAAGCUAUAGGACAUUUAUUUUGGUACUUAUUUUAUACUAGACCUAAUAGCCUAUUCGGGGAAAGAAGCAGACUUGCUCUUCUUAAUUGCUUAAUGUAAAACAGGCCUACAGCAUAGAAAAAUGCAUAUCUGGGAAAGUUGAGGAGAGAAAGUACAUUGGUGUGAUAACUUUUGGCCGGUUAUGAUAACAUUGUUGCACUGAUGCAUUGCAAAUAGUUGCACAAGACAUAGUCUAGAUGAGCACAGUGAAAAAGAAGACCCAAAGGAAUUGACAACCAUUAGAAAAAUGGAAGUCUCUUGCAAACCACAAUUACAUGCUGUAAAAGAUGCACAGGUGUUUGUUGUUGAAUUGCUACAUUUAAAUACAAGUUACUAUAUUAUUUUUCAUUAGGCCUACAUGAACAUUGAAGUAUUAUUUUCAGUUGUUACUAUGACAAUGAACACACCCUGAAAGCAUAGAAUGGUCUGAACCAGUAUUUGUGCGUUAGAGACCUCAUGAAUGGUCUUGUGUUAGCACCUUAUUAAUAGUAAACGUGGAGUAGGGUGCCUUGAUCAGUUGAUUGACAGGUGUAGGACUGUAAAACAGUAAACUUUCCUCUAGUGUGGAUGCUCACCAACGUUUUACAGUUAUGUUGCCUAUACACUACUGGUCAAAAGUUUUAGAACACCUACUCAAUCAAGGGUUUUUCUUUAUUUUGUUGUAGAAUAAUAGUGAAGACAUCAAAACUAUGAAAUAACACAUGGAAUCAUGUAGUUACCAAAAAAGUGUUAAACAAGUCUAAAUACAUUUUAUAUUUGAGAUUCUUCAAAUAGCCACCCUUUGCCUUGAUGACAGCUUUGCACACUCUUGGCAUUUUCUCAACCAGCUUCACCUGGAAUGCUUUUCCAACAGUCUUGAAGGAGUUCGCACAUAUGCUGAGCACUUGUUGGCUGCUUUUCCUUCACUCUGCGGUCCGACUCAUCCCAAACCAUCUCAAUUUGGUUGAGGUUGGGGGAUUGUGGAGGCCAGGUCAUCUGAUGCAGCACUCCAUCACUCUCCUUCUUGGUAAAAUAGCCCUUACACAGCCUGGAGGUGUGUUGGGUCAUUGUCCUGUUGAAAAACAAAAAUGAUAGUCCCACUAAGCCCAUACCAGAUGGGAUGGCGUAGCGCUGCAGAAUGCUGUGGUAGCCUUGCUGGAUAAGUGUGCCUUGAAUUCUAAAUAAAUCACAGGCAAAGCACCCCCACACCACAACACCUCCUCCUCCAUGCUCUACGGUGGGAAAUACACAUGCGGAGAUCAUCUGUUCACCCACACCACGUCUCACAAAGACACGGCGGUUGGAACCAAAAAUCUCAAAUUUGGACUCCAGACAAAAGGACUAAUUUCCACCGGGCCUAAUGCCGAUUGCUCGUGUGUCUUGGCCCAAUCAAGUCUCUUCUUCUUAUUGGUGUUCUUUAGUAGUGGUUUCUUUGCAGCAAUUCGACCAUGAAGGCCUGAUUCACACAGUCUCCUCUGAACAGUUGAUGUUGAGAUGUGUCUGUUACUUGAACUCUGUGAAGCAUUUAUUUGGGCUGCAAUUUCUGAGGCUGGUAAAUCUAAUUAACUUAUCCUCUGCAGCAGAGUUAACUCUGGGUCUUCCUUUCCUGUGGCAGUCCUCAUGAGAGCCAGUUUCAUCAUAGCGCUUGAUGGUUUUUGCGACUCCACUUGAAGAAACUUUCAAAGUUCUUGAAAUGUUCCAUAUUGACUGACCUUCAUGUCUUAAAGUAGUGAUGGACUGUCGUUUCUCUUUGCUUAUUUGAGCUGUUCUUGUCAUAAUAUGGACUUGUUCUUUUACCAAAUACCCCCCCCCGACCUUGUCACAACAUAACUGAUUGGCUCAAACGCAUUAAGAAGGAAAUAAAUUCUACAAAUUAACUUUUAAGAAGGCACACCUGUUAAUUGGAAUGCAUUCCAGGUGACUACCUCAUGAAGUUGGUUGAGAUAAUGCCAAGAGUGUGCAAAGCUGUCAUCAAGGCAAAGGGUGGCUAUUUGAAGAAUCUCAAAUAUAAAAUAUAUUUUGAUUUGUUUAACACCUUUUUGGUUACUACAUGAUUCCAUAUGUGUUAUUUCAUAGUUUUGAUGUCGUCACUAUAAUUCUACAAUGUAGAAAAUAGUAAAAAUAAAGAAAAACCCUUGAAUGAGUAGGUGUUCUAAAACUUUUGACCGGUAGUGUAGUUAGUUUAUCGUUAUAAUUAUUGGCUUGGUGGAUGGCCCGGGCCUUAACUCUGACACAACACAACUAACAUUAUUAUCACAACAGAACUAGCCUACUUGUAAGUCUAGCUAACAUUAGCGAACUUGAAUGAAAUAAAAUGACACUUUUACUUGACUUUAAUACUCUAUAAAUUGGCUCUUUCAAAUAAUUUACCCUGGCAAGUUAAGCGGAAGUCGAAUUCAUCACUUCCUUUGUUUGGCCGUGCCCAUAGCAACGUUAGAAAAUGAGGUGGAUACAUGUCAAUGAAGAAAGCAUUAUGUCACAUAAAAUUUAAAUAAAUCCAGUUAAAAUAGGAAAACUGACCAGACUGAAGAUUGCGGUAUGGAAUAUUUAUUAUUCCUCCCAUCUGUCACAUGCACGUAUGUUAGCUUUUUCAAAAGCUUUAAAACUGGCAGCGAUGAUGUUCAAAGUAGUCCAACCUACAGAAUAAACCAACAGACCACUUCAACUACAAUAGCAUUCUUAGUAACGGUUACAUACAUAUAUUUUUUAUUGCUAUGACUGUGAUAUGUUGUUUAUCUACCUUAGUUUAAUUCACUGACUGUAAGUUGUUCUGGAUAAGAGUGUCUGCUGAAUGACCAAAAUGUAAAUAAAUACAUAAAAAACUAAGCAAAGCCUACUGGGUAUUUUGCUAAUGAGCUCCGCCCCAAACAAGUACAAAUUUGGUCGGUCCGGAUCAGACCAAAUCUGAACGAAUCAUAGAUGUCUAGGCUAUGUUUCACACGUUUCAACAGCCCAGUAGAGUACAGAAGAGUACAGUAAAGUAGAGUUUAAUUCAGUAGAGUACAUUGUACUCUGUGCUCUACUGUACUAUACUUUUCUUUACUGUAAUGUACUGUACUCUGCUGUACUGUGCUCUACAGUGCUGUCAAAACUUGUGAAACAUAGAUGUCUAUGAUUGGUUCAGAUUUAGACAGGCCAGUCCGUGGAUGUUGAAAUCAAGGCCGGGACCCAAAAAAGAAAUCCAGAAGACAUCGGCGUCAGUCAAUGCUUACUGGGUUGUUAGUGCUCAAAGAUACAUUUUGUAACAUAGAAAGCUCGAUAACAUUUACUGUCUUGCACAUUGGUAAGGCUAGCAGCAAAUAAAGUAGCUAUCUGACAUUCCUGUUGUAGCUAGCAUGUUGAAUAAUGCAAGGGAGAGAGACUUUCUGACAACAAUGUCCAAGUCCGAGUUGAGUCACGAGUCAUGAAAAUCGUGACUUGAGUCCAAGUCAAGUUCGAGUCCUGGACUCGAAUACUACAACACUGGGUAGGCCUAUGUUAUUUACAUAAAACAUUUUCAAAUAUGUAUUGAUUGGGCCGAGUGGCGCAGCGGUCUAAGGCGCUGCAUCGCAGUGCUUGAGGCGUCACUACAGACCCGGGUUUGAUCCCGGGCUGUGUCGCAGCCGGCCGCAACCGGGAGACCCAUGAGGCGGUGCACAAUUUGCCCAGCGUCGUCCGGGUUAGGGGAGGGUUUGGCCGGCCGGGAUGUCCUUGUCCCAUCGCGCUCUAGCGACUCCUGUGGCGGGCCAGGUGAAUGCAUGCUGACACAGUCGCCAGUUGUACGGUGUUUCCUCCGACACAUUGGUGCGGCUGGCUUCCGGGUUAAGCGAGCAGUGUGUCAAGACGCAGUGCGGCUUGGCAGGGUCGUGUUUCGGAGGAAGUGUAACCGGUGUGAAAUGGCUAGCUAGUUAGCGGUGCUAGCUUCGAGGGUGACUGUUGUCGAUGUGUGCAGAGGGUCCCUGGUUCGAGCCCAGGUAGGGGCGAGGAGAGGGACGGAAGCAACACUGUUACAGAAGCAUGGCCCUUGACCUUCGCCUCUCCGUACGGGAGUUGCAGCGAUGGGACAAGACUGUAACUACCAAUUGGGGAGAAAAAAUGGGUAAAAAGUAAAUAAAAAUAUACAUAAAAUAUGUAUCACUUAUUUAUCCCUUUCCCCACUUUUUUUCUAGACCCCCAGCAGCUCACGCUCGCAGUCUCUGAAGAGGAGGUUCCCCCUGAACAGCAGCACUGUGAGCAGAAGUGGAGCCCCAGUCUGGAGCAGAACCCAGAGCCCACACAGAUUAAAGAUGAACAAGAGGAAAUUGGGACAAAUCAGGAGGAAGAACAGCUUGAAAAGCUAGAGUCUGAUACCAACGACUCCAUAUUCACUGUCUGUGAGGAAAGAGACAGUAACCCACCUUACCCACCCCAUCAAAAGGAUUUCUCAAGCCAAGCUUCCGAGAGCAAAGAGGGGGAUGUGUUAUGCAUCCGCAUUCCUAAAGAGAUCAAAACUGAGCCUGAUGGAGAGGACUACACAGUAUCAGAAGCAACCAGUGCCUCUCAGUCCCUAUCAGAAGGAUAUCUAGGCUGUUCUGCAGCUCAGAGUGAAAACAGCGGAAGUGACAAUGAGGUGGAGAGUGGGGGACAACCGUCAGGGUCAAAGCCACUGGAAUCAUCCAGAAAAUGGGCAAAGAAAGAACUAAGCUUCCAUACCAUUGCUGGAGGCAGGGCAACCACAAAUGCUUCUCCUUAUUGUUGCAAGUUGUGUGGAAGUACAUUUGUGUACAUUGGUCCUUUAGUUAACCAUGUGAAAAAUGUACACACAAAGCAUACGAAAAUGUGUGGUGUGUGUGAAGAAGUCUUUGAGUCCAUUGCAAGUCUGACAGAUCACCUGCAAACCCACAUAAAAGCAACACGUACUUGUAAUGUUUGUGGCAAAUGCUUCCCUAGUGAUGCUAAUCUGAGAACCCACAUGGUGUCUCACACAGGGCAGAAA